CUCCCUGCGGGGGCGGCGGCCAUCUUGGCCGGGUGGCGGCGGCGGGAGCACGUUGCGUGGUGCCGGUCCGCGGGGCACGCUUCCCCGCUGCGGCUCGGCCGGGAAGCGGGGGCAUCUCCCUUUCUGCCCCCCAUCUCCCGUUUCUGGAAGACUGCCACUUCUCCUAACUGGUGCAUGUGUUUAACCCUGAGCUGUGCAUUAUGGCAGACAAGUUAACAAGAAUUGCUAUUGUCAACCAUGACAAGUGUAAGCCAAAGAAAUGCCGUCAAGAAUGCAAGAAGAGUUGUCCUGUGGUUCGAAUGGGAAAACUUUGCAUAGAAGUCGCAUCACAGAGCAAAAUCGCAUGGAUCUCAGAAACACUCUGCAUUGGUUGUGGUAUUUGCAUCAAGAAAUGUCCUUUUGGAGCCUUGUCAAUUGUUAACUUACCCAGCAACCUGGAGAAAGAAACAACACAUAGAUACUGUGCCAAUGCCUUCAAACUUCACAGGUUGCCUAUCCCUCGUCCAGGGGAAGUGCUGGGAUUGGUUGGAACCAAUGGUAUUGGAAAAUCAACUGCCUUGAAAAUUCUAGCAGGAAAACAGAAGCCAAAUCUUGGAAAAUAUGAUGAUCCACCUGACUGGCAAGAAAUUUUGACUUAUUUCCGAGGAUCUGAAUUGCAAAACUAUUUUACCAAGAUCUUGGAAGAUGACUUAAAAGCUAUCAUUAAACCUCAGUAUGUGGACCAGAUUCCUAAAGCUGCAAAGGGUACAGUGGGAUCAAUUCUGGAUAGGAAGGAUGAAACUAAAACGCAAACUGUUGUAUGUCAGCAGCUUGACUUAACCCAUCUGAAAGAAAGAAAUGUUGAGGACCUUUCAGGAGGAGAGCUUCAGAGAUUCGCUUGCGCAGUGGUUUGCAUUCAGAAGGCUGAUAUAUUCAUGUUUGAUGAACCUUCAAGCUACCUGGAUGUCAAGCAGCGCUUGAAGGCUGCCAUUACUAUUCGAUCUCUAAUAAACCCUGACAGGUACAUUAUUGUUGUAGAGCAUGAUCUAAGUGUGUUAGAUUAUCUCUCUGACUUUAUCUGCUGCCUGUAUGGUGUGCCAAGUGCUUACGGCGUCGUCACUAUGCCUUUCAGCGUAAGAGAAGGCAUAAACAUUUUCUUAGAUGGCUAUGUCCCAACAGAAAAUCUGAGGUUUCGAGAUGCAUCUCUGGUGUUCAAGGUGGCUGAGACAGCUAAUGAGGAGGAGGUUAAAAAGAUGUGUAUGUACAAAUACCCAGGAAUGAAAAAGAAGAUGGGAGAAUUUGAACUGUCCAUAGUAGCUGGAGAAUUUACUGACUCUGAAAUUAUGGUGAUGUUAGGAGAAAAUGGAACUGGCAAAACUACUUUCAUUCGAAUGCUUGCAGGAAGACUGACACCUGAUGAAGGAGGUGAGGUUCCAGUUCUAAAUGUCAGCUACAAACCACAGAAGAUCAGUCCUAAAUCUACAGGAAGCGUCCGUCAGCUGCUGCACGAGAAGAUCAGAGAUGCCUACACACACCCCCAGUUUGUAACUGAUGUGAUGAAACCUCUUCAAAUAGAAAACAUCAUUGACCAGGAGGUCCAGACGCUGUCUGGUGGUGAGUUGCAGCGCGUUGCAUUAGCUCUUUGUCUCGGCAAGCCUGCAGACGUCUACUUGAUCGACGAACCCUCAGCCUACCUAGACUCUGAGCAGCGUCUGAUGGCUGCUCGAGUCAUCAAGCGUUUCAUUCUCCAUGCUAAAAAGACAGCUUUUGUGGUAGAACACGAUUUUAUCAUGGCCACCUAUCUUGCAGAUCGGGUGAUUGUGUUUGAUGGCAUCCCUUCCAAGAACACACUUGCCAACAGUCCUCAGACUCUUUUGGCUGGAAUGAAUAAGUUUUUAUCUCAACUUGAAAUCACUUUUAGAAGAGACCCCAACAAUUACAGACCAAGAAUAAACAAACUCAACUCUAUCAAGGAUGUGGAACAAAAGAAGAGUGGAAACUACUUUUUCCUGGAUGACUAAAUACUGAAUCUGAGCAUCUUUGUAAUGGGCAUCUAGAAGUGCUUAUCAGAAAUCCAAACAUUCGUGGAGGAGGAGGCUCAGUCAGGUUUUAGAACAUUUAAUCUUUGGGAGCUUUAAAAAUCUUUUGCUGCCUGUAACAUCUGAGACCAGUAGCAGUCUAAAUCCUAGCCCAAGUAAAACUGCCACUUUCUAUAUUUUGGUGACACAACCCAAUUUUCAGUGUAAUGAUUUCCAAAUAGAGCACCUCAGCAUUGUGCAAACAGAGGCUCCAGCUUUUUCAGAGUUUAAAGGGGGGGGGGGUUCAAUUCAGUGUAUCCUGUUUGUGUACCAACUAUUGGCUGCACUUCAUUUUAAACAUCCUUGAAGCUCUUUUCUAUCUGAAGAGGGACAGUGGCCAAGAAUGUCAAGCUACAGUAACAACUUAUCUUAAAAAGUUUUAAUCUCUCUGGAUGAGGGUUUCAUAAAUAAAUCUCCUCCUAACUUACA